ACGCACGCGCGUGCUCGGUUAGCCUGACGCAUCAGUUCCGAUCUCUCCCUUUGGGCGGCUCGGCGCGGCUUGUGUCAGACCCGGGGAAACUAACCUGGGUCCUCGAGCUUCUGGGAGGCCUCAUGUCGCGCGCCGUGUGAAUGCCGCGACGCCGGGAGACCGGAGCCGUGUUCUGGUUGUCGCUGCAGAGUAGAAGCCGUCGAGCUCCCGGGAGCUGUUCGACCCAUCAUGUCAGCCAAGAUAACCAUGUACAAACAGGCAGAGUUCGAAGAUGAUAGCAGCAGUGUGGGUUCCGUCCAACUGGCGGAGGGGGUGUCCGCCACCAGCACGCACAUCCGCUACCACACGGGCACGACGCUGUGGAAGGCCCGCACGCUGCUGGAGAAGGGCCUGCUGGUGCUGGCCGCACUGCUGGCCCUCGUGGUCUUCAUCCUGGGCACGCUGCUCAGUGUCACCAGCAAGCAAGUCAGCCUGCUGCGGGUGCAGCACGUGGACGGCCGCGGCCCAGGAGAUCUCUGCUUGACCCUGCCAUGUGUCAUGGUGGCGUCUUCGAUACUGGAGUCCCUCAACCAGCAUGUUGAUCCUUGCCACGAUUUCUACGAGUUCUCGUGCGGGGGAUGGGUGAAGAACAACCCGAUACCGUACGAGAAGUCCAUUUGGGGAACCUUCGGCAAGUUGGAGCAACAAAACCAGCUUGUCAUCAAGAAUGUUCUAGAGCGGCCCGAGAGCGAGUUCGCGAGCGACGCGGAGCGCAAGGCCAAGCACUACUACGCGUCGUGCAUGGACGCCAACGACACGAUAGAGGCGCUGGGCGCGCGGCCCAUGCUGGAGCUGCUCAAGAAGGUGGGCGGCUGGAACGUGUCGGGCAAGUUCGACGUGAGCUCGUGGAGCCUGCAGUCGGCGCUGCACGUGCUGCAGAACACCUACAACAUGGGCGGCCUCUUCACGUGGAUCGUGAGCGCCGACGACCGCAACUCCAGCCGCAACAUCAUCCAGAUUGACCAAGGAGGAUUGACGCUUCCUGCGAGGGACAACUACCUAAACAAGACGAUGAAUAAAAAGAUAUUGACUGCAUAUUUAGAUUACAUGACCAAGGUCGGCGUCCUGCUGAACGGCGAGGAGAACUCGACUCGCAAGCAGAUGCAGGACGUGAUCGACUUCGAGACGGAGCUGGCCAAGCUGACGACUCCUCUCGAGGACCGGAGGGACGACGAGAAGAACUACCACAACAUGUCCAUCAGCGCUCUUCAAGAACUGGCCCCGUUUAUGAACUGGCGUGAUUAUUUCAACGACGCCAUGCGCCAUCGAUCCAAGCCGAGGAAAGUCAGCGAGAAGGAAACGGUGGUGGUGUACGCUCCAGAAUACCUCCACAAUAUUAGCCACCUGAUCAAGGAGUACAACAGUACAGACAAGGGCAAGAUAAUCCUGAACAACUACCUGGUGUGGCAGAUGGUGAGGAGUAUGACGGCCUACAUGUCGCAGGCGUUCAGGGACGCCUACAAGGGUCUGCGCAAGGUCUUGAUGGGGCUGGAAGGUGGCGACGAGCCGUGGAGGUACUGCGUCGCCGACACUUCCAGCGUCAUUGGCUUCGCUGUCGGUGCCAUGUUCGUCAAGGAAGUUUUCGUCGGCAAUUCCAAACCGAUGGCAGAAGAUAUGAUAAACGAGGUUCGUGACGCUUUCAAAAGAAACCUGAAGAACCUCCAUUGGAUGGAUGAAGAGACUCGUAAGUCAGCAGAGAAGAAAGCUGAUGCAAUUUCCGACAUGAUAGGUUUUCCGAACUACAUAUUAGACCCAACAGCACUGGACGAGACGUACAAGUACCUCAUAUUCAAGAGUGAUGAAUAUUUUGAAAACAACGUGCGGGCGAAUCGCUACAACUUCAGAAUGUCUCUGGACAUGUUGGACGAACCUGUGAACAGAACCAGGUGGGGGAUGUCUCCGCCAACUGUGAACGCAUACUACGCCGCGUCCAAAAACCAGAUAGUUUUCCCAGCUGGCCUGCUGCAGUCUCCGUUCUACGACAUUCGGCACCCGCACUCCCUGAACUACGGCAGCAUGGGUGUGGUGAUGGGUCACGAGCUCACCCACGCCUUCGACGACCAAGGCCGAGAGUACGACGAGAACGGCAACCUGCACAAGUGGUGGAACAACAGAACCAUCGAGAAGUUCAAGGAGAGAACUGACUGCAUGGUGAAUCAGUAUUCCAAAUACGACCUGAACAACAAGUACAUCAAUGGAAAGCAGACAUUAGGGGAGAACAUAGCCGACAACGGCGGCCUGAAGGCGGCCUACCACGCCUACCUCAAGUGGCAGGCCGAACACGAGGAGGAGAUGCGUCUGCCGGGACUCAACUUCACGCACCGCCAGCUCUUCUUCCUCAGCUUCGCCCAGGUUUGGUGUUCAGCUAGCACGGACGAGACUACAGACCUGCAGAUUGAAAAGGACACACACUCUCCGCCAAGAUUUCGAGUCGUCGGCCCGCUUUCAAAUUUCGAUGAAUUUUCGAAAGAAUUCAAAUGUCCCAUGGGUUCCUACAUGAAUCCGAAAAGCAAAUGCGAGGUUUGGUAAAUCAUCUGGUUAGCAUGUUACUGCUACAAGAUAGUUCAGACUUCUGUAAAAAAAAAUCAUUGUGAUAAGGUUUUUAAAAAAAUGACUGUUGUUUAUGCUUUUAGACAUAUCCAAAAAUGUAAUACCUACCUUUAUUUAAUGAUUAGAUUGAACUUAAUUGUAAUAAUUUAUUUUAUAGUGUUAAAACAUCCGAUAUUUGCUGUGACCAAGAUCUGUCAAUACCAAGAAAAAAUGUUGUUCUUAAAUGUUGGAGUUCGCAGUCUUAAUUACGUAGUAUAUAUGCCUUGCUAGAGUUGAAUGUAAUGUUUAUUGCAGGGAAAAUGUUUGAGUAACUUCCUUUUUGUUGCAAUAAGAAGCUUUAGGUAUUGUUAUCUCUCUGGCUGUGUGAGGUUCAAGUGGAGUACUUACUUUACUAAAAUAUAUUAUACUAUAUAUUAUUUAUAAUCAAAUAUAUGGGAACAAUAAUACUUUUAGUUAUAUUUGUUGUUAAAACAUUUGUGUGGUCAACAACUAUUUAUAUUUUAAAUUUGAUGUUAAUAAUUACAAUUAUUUUAAAAUAAAAUACAAAACUGUUUUAAAAGACUAGAAAUAGAUAAAUAUAAUAUUAAUUUAGACUAUUCUAGGAACAGUGAGGCUUUAAUAAUUUUAUUCUGCCACAAUAAUUCAUAUACGUAAGUGUUAUCAUAAAUGAUUAUGCUUACCAUAACAUGCCUUGUGCUUAUCUUAUGCACACUGUUUAGGUUUGUAUCUUUGCCUUUUUAAUGAAAAUGUGAAUUAAAAACAUAUGACUGUAUUAGAACUAAGAAAAAAAUAAUAUGUUUUAUAAAUUUGUUUUCAAUUACAUAAUUGACGAUAUGAUAAACUUUGUACAAUGUUUGUAAAUAGUCAGUUUUUCAAUUUCAUUUCGCGUGAAAGUUGAGGUUUUAUCCAUAAUGCAUUAUAACAUUUAUAUUUUAUUUUUAAGUAAACAUUGUGCAAAUAGCUAUAAGUUUUACAUACUAUUAAUAAGACUUUCAUGCGCGUAUAAUUUACAAUACCUUUGAAACAAAAAUGAGUUAACCGAAAAAGGUUUCUUUAAGUAAAACCAAAAAAAAUUGACAUAUUUUUUUGUACUUAAGAAAAUAGCUACUGUGUGGAUUAAAGUUUGUAUGGAUAAAAAUAAAAUAUUUAGGUAAUUGAAGCCUUUAGGGUUAUAAAAUUUUGUUGUAAUUUUGUACAAAACUAAUUUCUGAAAGUAUUAUGUCAAUAUAAGUGUUUAUAAUAUAUUAACUAUCUGUUAUAAAUGAAUAUAAAUCUUGUUAUGUUUCUCAAAUAUUGUAAUAGUAUGUGUACAAGUAUAUUAUAGCUAAAUAGUAAAUAGUACAGUGAUUUUACUUUAUUGAAAAUAUUUCAUAAAAGUUAGUUUAAAUAAAUCGUUGUCUGUAAUACAGACGCGUAAGUUACUUCAUUAAAUUAUGGAAAACGUUUGCAGGCCAUAAAUUCAACAUUUUUUGUGUUAUAAUCUAAUGGACUGUACUUUAUAGAACAAAAAAGUAUUUAAAAAUGACUACAAGUUCCAAAUAACACUUGUAAGAAAAUCGAAAAAAAAAAAAAAAAAAAUGCUUUUAUCUAGUGAAAAUUCAUGAGUUUGGGGUUUCAGAGCGAAAAAGUAAAUUUAGCAAAUUUUCGAAACUAGUAAAACCUGAAUAAAAACGAGUGUUAAACUUUAAUUAAUCAAAAAAUGUUGUUUACUGAUACUACAAUAUCCUUUAAAAAGGGAGUUGUUUUUUUCAGAAAUGUUGUAAAGAACAGCGUUCUUCAAAGUUGUAUUGGAUAGGUUAAAAAAUAACCAACACAAAUAGUCUCUAAUAAAAAAAAUUAUUGCAUAAAUACAUAAUUAGAGGUGACCUAUGGAAAAAAGUAGUGUCAAUUAGACGAAGCCAAGCAAUAUCUCUAAAAAAGUGCAACAAAAUGGUUAAUUUGUCAGUAUCCAUUGCAUAAAGGUUAUGUUUAAGAACCUACAGUCGAAUUUAUUUUAACCAGUAAA